UGGUAGUUAAGUUUUGGAGGGGAGAGGAAGGUGACAAGGGUUUAUAACCCUCCCUUUCACGUUUGAGAGUUUAAAAACAUGGAGGAGAUGGUUUUGGAGGGUUUUUGUAACCCGGCCUCCAAACCCAUAUAAGUGUUUCAUUUUCAAGUUCCCCAAAUUGAGAGAUUUGGAAGGAUAACAAAUUAAAUGACAAUUUUAGCUAAAUUUUAGAUCAAUAUAAAUUCAACUACCGUAGUAUUUGAAUUCAUCAUAUAUGUGAAAUGAUUUUAAUUAUAACUCAUCUAUAACCUCUCUCUUUUCAAAUUUGUUACUCCCAAAUAAGAAUAAGAGUUUCCUCCCAUUUUCCUCUUUCAUUUUGAGAACAUUCUCUUCCCCUUCCCUUCAAACUUCCAAACAUACCCUUAGGGGUGAUGUAUGUAAAAGGAAAAUUGCAAAUCUAGUAGGGUAUGAUUUGAGACCAAAAUGAGUUGAGGUUUUUAACUUUCGUCACGAACUUUCUCGCAAUCAAGAUGAGCACAUACAUAACAUAUUAAUUUACUCCCCGUACAUGCCAGGUACGUAAUUCCAAGGAUGAAAACCAGCAGUCAUCAAUACAUAAGGCAACUGAUCGAUCGAGAGAGCCGCUUCAUAUACUGUCACUCAAUUGGUUCGGUCUAUAUAUAUCUAAACACGUGCCAUGCAUUUGUGAUUCCCUUAGGUUUGAUAAAUAAAAAAGUGGUGAUAUAAUGGGCAGUUCUGGUCAAAGUAGCAAUAUCAUCAAAAACCACGACUUCAAAGGUGGGUUACAAAAGUGGUACGCAAAUUGCUGCAAAGCCUUUGUGGAUAGUAGUGGUGGCUGUGCUUAUGCUGUGAUCACGAAUAGAAGGGAAUCGUGGCAAGGCCUAGAGCAGGAAAUCACUGGUCGUGUCUCCAAAGGUCACAUUUAUUCGAUCCAGGCUUUUGUGACGGUCUCCGGCAAACUUCCGGCGGUGACCAGCGCAGUUCAGGCCACCCUCAGGCUGUCAUUCAAACGUUCCGCUACGUGCUAUCUUUCUAUCGGGAGAAAGACCGUUAAGCCGAACUGCUGGGAAGCUCUGGAAGGCACCUUUUCAUUGUCCACAAAUCCUGACCAAGUCAUCUUUUACCUGGAAGGUGCCGAACCUGGCGUAGACAUACUCGUUAAAUCUGUCACCAUUUCGCCUUCCUCUCCGGCCCUAAAAUCUGACCACACAAAAGCCAGCGAUCAAAAGAAGAAAGAAGGGAUUGAAAGGAAACAUGAAAAACAUCAUCUUCAAGUUGCUAAUAAUAUAAUACUUAACUAUGACUUCCACCAAGGUUUUCUUGGGUGGGAAACCAAUGGUUGUCAAGGAAACGUGGUGAAAGGAGAUUCUGGCAGCUCAUACGCUGUCAUUACAAACCGCGGGAUAAAUUACCACGGCUUGCUGCAAGAUAUCACCAAUCGUGUUUGUCAAGGUUGCCCUUAUUCAGUGGAAGCUUGCGUUAGAGUUUCAGGUAACAUUGUGGGAUUUACAGAUAUCCAAGCCACACUCAGAUUGGAGUACAAAAACUUGGAUACUCAAUAUCACUUUAUUGGCAGAUGCACAGAUAAAGAGGCCAUUUGUGACGGAGAAAUCCCAGAUGCGCAGAACCAUCUGAUCUUCCAAAAGCCGCUGCUCGUGGAUACCACACUGCCGCCAGUCUUCUCCAAUCUCCGGCGACCGCACAUACCUUCUAAUUUGUCUGAUGUGUCGUUUUCAGAUUUUAUCAUGUAACUAAUAAGUCUAUGAGAGAAUUUCCUAAAUAAGACUAAAAGAAGAUAGAAUUGCAAAAAUAGGACAUAAUGUUUUAAAUUGAUUUGAUAGGACUAAUUAUUUGUAUGUAGACAAAAAUAGCCUUCUUAAUUCAAUCCUGGAACAUAUCACCGCCUCCCACACCUAGAUGCGCAGAUAAAGAGGCCAUUUGUGACGGAGAAAUCCCAGAUGCGCAGAACCAUCUGAUCUUCCAAAAGCCGUUGCUCGUGGAUACCACACCGCCGCCAGUCUUCUCCAAUCUUCGUCGACCGCACAUACCUUCUAAUUUGUCUGAUGAAUUAAAGGCCGGAUAAUUUUCUUCAUCUUCUCUUCGAUCUCUUCUCCACUCUUUCACCCUCCUCUCCUCUCCUGUACCAAUUAUUGUCUCCUGUGCGAUGAAGUCACAUACGAGGUCCUUUUGUUUUUUAUUUUUCAUUUAUUUAUAGUUAAAAACUUUCAAAAUUCUUUAAUUUUGAUUGCUUUCAAAAAUGCCACUUUUAUAAAUUUUUGAAUGUCAAAAUUAUUGGUUAUUUUAAAAAACUGCCACGUUUAUGUCAUUCUCGCAUAUCAUGUGGCAUUCCUCAUGGAGGUCUGCACAGAGUCAUUGGAGGGCAGAUCCUUUAUUUGUCACUUUUAUGUCAUUACAAUAUUUGAAAACGUCAUAUCGAGAAUGUCAUAUUUCUAAACGAACAAAAACACAAGGAUGUCAUUUGCUAAAGUGACAGUUUCAAAGAAGAAAUUGACAUUUCCAGAAUAAUAAUGUCACUUUCAUGACAUUUUCAGAUUGUCAUCUUGGUAAUCAUAAUGCUAGGAACGUGACAUUUUUUCCCAAUAACCAAUAAUUUUGACAUUCUCAUAUUAUACAAGGGACAUUUUACUGAAUAAAUACAAUUCAAAUCCAAAAUAUCCAAAUUAAGAAAUAAAAUUCAAAUCUAAAAAAUCCAAAGAAGAAUAGAAUAGAGGACCAAAAAUUUGAGGAGGAUUAGAAGAAGAAAAAUAUUACUCCGUAUAAAUGAAGUAGUAAAUCAGUUUUGGAACCUUGUUUUAAUUUCUCUUCCAAAAUCUCUAAAUCAAAAUAAUUUUCUUAGAAUCUCAAAAGUAAGAAAGUGUUAAAGUGAAAUUAAAAAUAAAAUAAAAUAGGAACAAGAGGACCAGAGUCAGGGGCGGAGCUAGGGGGUGCCCAGGCUAGGCCUUGGCCCACCCCAAAUUUGAAAAAUGUCAAUAUUUUUAGUGUAAAAAAUUUCGUGUAAAUUGUUUUCCAAUAAUAUUCUUUGUACCGACCCAGUCUAGCCCAUUGUCCUGACUACGCCCCUGACCAGAGUCGUACAGGAGAGAAGUGAGGAAGAGAAGAGAAGGAUAGAAGAGAAGGAGAGAAGGAGAAGAGAAAGGAGAUGAAGAAAAUUGCCGGGCUUUAUCGGAGCUUUAGAGUCGGCGCAUCUGGGUUUCUUCAUCACAUAUGGGUCUGCGCAUAUAAGUGUUGGAGUCGGUGACAUAUUCCAGGGUUUAAUUAAAGGAAGGGCAAAAAUGUAAUCAGUUGUCCUAUUUAGGGAAUACUCCCUCCGUCCCUAAUAACUUUGCCAAGUUUGACCGGCACGGGAAUUAAUAAAGUAAAAACUGUGUGGUUGAGGUUUGUGCAGAGGAGAGAGAAUUAACUGGAACCACAAAUUCUUUACUUAAAUGAGAAAGUGGCAAAGUUAUUGGGACAUCCAAAAAUGGAAAGUUGGCAAAGUUAUAAGGGACGGAGGGAGUAAUAAAUUUUAAGUCCUAUUUUGGAGUUUUAACUAUGUUUUAGUCCUGUUGUCCUAUUUUGGAGUUUUAACUCUGUUUUAGUCCUGUUUAAGACAAUUUCUUUUUUUUUUAAUCCAUUUUAAGGACUUUUACUAGGGGGAAACAUCCCCAACAUAAGUUUUUUUUAACGAAAAUAAAUGUAUUUGAUACGUGAAAAAAUGGGCAAAAGUAAAAUAACAUGACUUGAUUUCUAAUUAUCCCGCACUAAUUCUAGCUCAACCUACUUGCAGGAAACCUGUUUCGACAAACAAUUGGGAAAUAUUGGAAGGCACUUUCACCUUGUCUACUAAACCGGAUAGGGUAUUGUUUUUUCUAGAAGGGCUUUCUGGUGGAGUAGAAAUGCUCGUAAAAUCAGUCAUAAUCUCAUAUGUCUUCCCGUCCCUUGUUAUGUGAUGUGAGGAGUGGAUUAAAUUCUAGACUUUCUCCUAUUUUAUCCAUGUCUUCUUUAAUUGGAAUUACUUUAUAUAGAAUUGCCCAAGAUAUAGUCCCUAAUAUAUUUUGAGGAUAAUAUAGAACAAGUUUCUAAAGUUCAUUCCA